UGUGGGCGAGGAGCGCCUCUCGUCAGCUGUGCCAGAGCCACGGCACUCAGGACACCGCUGUCCCCCGGCCGCUCACAUCUGGACAAGCUGGCAGCCCAGUCUCCUCAGGAAUCCACGGCAAUGGAUUGGUGGAGGGACAAUUUCUGGAUCAUCUUAGCUGUGGCCAUCAUCAUCGUCUCUGCGGUCCUGGGCCUCAUCCUGUUCUGUAUCUGUAGGCGGCUGCUCAGACAAGGAGGGAAACUGGACAUUGCUAGACCUUUGAAUCAAAGGCGUAACGAUGAAGAAAUGAUGUAUGAGAAUGUUCUCGAUCAAUCACCGGGUCAGUUGCCCCCUCUGCCACCCAGGGGUUUGCUUUCUCAACAAGAUGCCUCCCCACAGGAAACCCCAAGUGAGCCACCACCGACAUACUCAUUGGUAAAUAAAGAUAGACAUGUGAAGACAGUUUCCAUCCCGAGCUAUAUUGAGCCUGAAGGUGACUAUGAUGACGUUGAAAUGCCUGCAGCUAUGGAGAGCCGUCAUUUUGAAACAACCGUUUCUUCUUUUUGGCAAGCUUAA